AAUUGUCAGUUGACACUUGUCAGAUACAAACAAAUCUGAAGAAGAAAUGGAGGGAAUUUGUGUGGAAAAUUCACUCGGGGUUUAAAACGCCACAAAGAAUUCAGAUAACGUUGAUAAUAGGAGUUGAUAGCGUUUAUUGUGUUCAUUAAAAAUUAUAGUAUUUAGUGUUAGCACUUGUGAAAUAUCCAGUUUAAAAAUGUCCUUUUUCAAUUAACUUAUGAAUAGUAUCAGGAAAAUAAUUUCAAGAAUGGCCCAUGCAGCUUUAGCAUCCAAAAGUGAUCUUGGACGUCCUUUUACCGUUGCCGUUGAAGGAAACGUUGGUAGUGGUAAAACAACUUUUCUACAGCAUUUCAUCAAAAACAAUAAUGUUGCUGUAUUUGCUGAACCAAUCGAUAUGUGGAGAAACUGCAAUGGGUACAAUUUACUAGAACUUAUGUAUCAAGAUCCCAAAAAAUGGAGUUUCACUUUCCAAUCCUAUGUACAACUUACCAUGUUAAGGCAGCACCAAAAGAAAGUUAUUCAGCCUGUAAAACUGAUGGAAAGAUCUCUCUACAGUGCAAGAUACUGUUUUGUAGAAAAAUUGUCUAGAGAUGGCUUAAUGCCAUCAGCCUCAGUAGCAGUUAUUGAUGAAUGGUUUAAAUAUAUAACAAAGUAUGAAGAUACUACUGUAGACCUUAUCGUUUACUUAAGAACUUCUCCUGAGGUAGCUUAUGAAAGGAUAUUAACGAGAAAUAGGUCUGAGGAAAGAACUGUUGCAUUUGAAUACAUCAAAGCCCUCCAUGACAUUCAUGAAGAUUGGUUAUAUCACAAAACUCUGCACAAAUGUGUAGCACCUGUAUUAGUUUUGAAUGCUAACUUAGAUCGCUCUGUUAUUGAGGGAGAAUAUGAAAAGUAUGAACCACACAUUCUCAACAAGAUACCAUUAGAAGCUAAAACCAUGUAAUUUCAUUUUGAUUGAAGUUUCUUUAAAAUUAUUAAUUCCUUUUUAUUUAGACAUAAUUUAGUUUAAUUUUAAGUAUACUGCACUGGAACAAAUUCAGGAAAAUGUGUAAUUUUAAUUUUUGUCUCCAAUUUGUAUUAUUUUUAAACCAAAGUACUAAAAGUAUAUAAACAUGGUUUUAUUAAAGAACUGGCAUGGUGUCUUACAAAUGACACUUAAAUAUGUUUGUGUUAGUAGAGUAUAGAUAUUUAUUUACAUUCUUAUAUUAUGGCAUUUUAAUAAUAUCAUUCCUUAUCACACUUUUAUUGCUUGUAUUGUUUUUCUUCAAAAUCCUUUAAUUGGCAUUCGUUUAACAGACCAAAGUAUUUUUAUUUUAAUGUAUAGGAGUAGAUAUUAUUAAAAAAUUAAGCAGAAAUUUUAACAAAGUUUUUUAUUCAAGCAUUAAUGAAUUAAAUAUUUCGGU